CUACAUACAAUUAAGAACAGUUUCAAGUCUUAUUAUUUACAGGGUUGGAUCCUCUUAACAUCCUCACUGAUGUAAACAAAUCUGGCUCAAGGACUACUGGCUAUUGUCGAGAUGGCUAGUUAAGACAUCAGUGAAGAGAAGCAGAGGUGACCUGAAUCAACACCUGUGUUAUACUCUUCAAAAUGCUGUCUAACUCCCGCAAAAAGGAUACAACAGCUAGUUGUGACAGCCUUGUUGGAAAAUACAUCAAGAAAGACUCUCCUCCAGAGGUGCCCAUUAUUAAUGUUUGGCCGAAUGCAAAUCAAAACGACAUGAGAAAAAGAAAAAGCACCAUCACCCCACCAUAUGUUAGCAGCAGCAACCCACCAUCUCAUCAAUCCUCACCAAUGGUCCAAAAAUACUCUACUAGCUCAAGAGCGCCAUUAAAUGGCAUGUCUCAUGGAGGAACUGAAGGAAAAUACACACCUAAUGUUGGAGAAGUUGUACAGCAUUUAGGUGGCAUGUACUUAGGGAGUAGAGGCAGUUUAGAUGGAUUGCUGAAGCAACAGGCACCUUCUUCACCAGCUAUGUUUAAUCAUACAUUUAUUAAUCAUUAUACUGGUUCCCAACACAGCCUGGACCAAAUUUUAUAUGGUCCGAAUCAUAUUAGGUCUCCUUUAGAUCAGACACCACAGGGUGUAUGCUAUUCCUUCUUAGUGCAGUCAGGACAAAAUCAAUUAUCUCAGUCCAAUACUCACAUGGGAAGUGGAUCACCUCAGCCUCCCUCUCCAAGAUUAGAGCAAGAACUACCACUUCCUCCUGGUUGGUCUGUUGAUUAUACAUUAAGAGGUCGCAAGUACUACAUUGAUCAUAACACAAAGACAACACAUUGGUCACAUCCUUUAGAGAAAGAGGGAUUACCAGCUGGAUGGGAGCGAAUUGAGUCUCUUGAACAUGGCGUUUACUAUGUAAACCAUAUUACCCGACAAGCUCAGUAUGAACACCCAUGUGCACAGCAGUAUCUUCCAAGAAUUCCAGAGAAUACUGUUUUAGGACCCCACAGAGCCCUGCCCAUUCCACACCAUACUGAUUUUCGUCAGCCUUUAUCUUUGAUGCCAGCUUCUCCGUACUUGCAUGAAGAGAUACCUUACUGGCUCCGUGUCUAUUCUCAAGCAUCUCCUGAUCAUGACCACAAGUUAAGAUGGGAACUUUUCCGGCUCCCUGAGCUUGACUGUUAUCAAGCUAUGUUAAAUAGACUUUUUAAACAUGAGCUUCACGGUAUUGUCAUGAGCUAUGAAAUGUAUCGUAUUGCAUUAACCCGUGAAAUUGAGCGAAGAAUGCAACAGAUGAACCUGCCGUCUGGAGCAGGAAGUGGUGCUGGAGUAACUAUUACAGAAAUAAGUGAAGAUGAUGCUCAUAGUGAGAAUGUCUCUACACCAGAACAUUUCAAGCAGCAGAUACUAAAUGCUGACAACUUAUUUGAAUCCAAAGUGUAAUAUUUGCCAAAACUUGUAUGAUGUGCACAUAGUGGUUCUAGUGUGAUUAACUUCCUCAAUAUGUUUGGGGACUGUAUGGCUUUUUUUGUGGCAGCUUUUCAGUGGGGAAACUGUUAGUGUCACGUAGAAAUUUAUUAUAGUCUUGCCUGUGAUCUCUAGGUUCUAAUCUGAUGUUUGGCUGUGCAUAGUAAAGUAUUAGUUUCUGGUGUUGCACCUGUUUCUCUUUCUAUUACCAAAGAUAAGAAAAACCCUUGAUGGGGCAUUUUGCUUUUAUAUGCUUCUUGUGGUAUUGCUCAUGUGACCUGUCAAAGCUGCACCAUUUGAUGUUUGGGGUGAGUCAGAUUUAUUCUUGCUCUUCUUUGUUUUAAGCUUAUGAUUACAACUAGCUUUGGUUUGCUCUACGUAUUAUAUUCAAUUUUUGCACUAAUAGCUUAAAAUUUUCCAAAGUUAUUUCUAAGUUUGUCCUUUGUUAUGCACCUCUCUCUCUACUCAAAAAACAAAAAUUAUGCAUUUUAUUGUAGUAUUUUCUUUCUUUAAAGAAGAGCAUUCCAUUUGGUAACUAAUGUAAUUGAUCAAUAAAUGUUUUCAGAUCAAUCUUGGACUUUCAUGGUCUACAAAGUAUUGCUUAGAUACAGUAUAAAGAAUAAUUAUAUUAUAGGUAUCUUAUAGCAACAGCAACAACACUUUUGGUCCACUAGUCAAUUCUUUCAUUCAAAUUCUGAAGCGUUUUAUGCUCUUUCUUAACAACAAACUACAUAAGCUAAAGAAAGUAAAUUAAUAGUGUAUUGUUCCUCUUGUUCUGUUAGAAGUGUUAGAAUUAUGUACAGUAUUCAUAAAGAUAAAUAUAUUUAUGAUAAAAGGGAGAAAGAUCAGUAAGACCUCGAUUUUUGUAAGAGAUGUGUUUAGGAGAACUGUGGUAAAGCAAAGUAAACACAAUAUAUUGUUGAGAAACUGGUUGCUUUCCAAACACUUUUAAUAGUCGCAAUUUUUCACUAUCAGUUUACAAUGUAUACUUAUAUAAAAUGUACCUCUGAAGGGAGACUCCUUGAACCUGCCCUUCCCUACUUUGGAUCAAACCCGAUUGCCUCCCAUUAACCCCAAGCAUUAUACGAGUCAAGUGAGCUUAGUGCCCCUGUCAUAAAUAUAAUAAUAAUAAUAAUCAUAUAAGAAAUUAUAUCAUAAUUUGUGUAAUAUUUUAUGCAUCAGUAUGUAGUACAAAUUAUAAAUACAUCUGAUACAAAAGAAAAAAAAUCAAAAUGUUUUACAUUAAUACAGAAAACUUAAAUAAAAUUCACAUGUAUACCAAUAGAAUGAGAGUCCAUGAAACAUGCAUCAGACAUUCAUGAAACAAAUAUUGAUGCAUUUCAUAAAAGAUUUAUGUAAAAUUGAAGUACUGUUCAUUUUUAUAUCAACAUAGGCUACUUGUUAAUAGUGAAUUUUCAGGUAUGUACAUCAAUACAGUCUUGGGUGUUUUCACCACAGAUAAUGCCAUAGUAAUGCCUGAAAAAAACCUAGUUGCAAAUAAUGGGCUUACAUGCACAUGUACAUGCACUUACUCACUGUAUAGGUAACUAACUAGCUUGUGAUAUUUGAAUAUAUACACAGAACUUGUGGAUAUGAAGGGAGUACAUAGUAUACAGCCUCUCUUCACGUCGGUAAACAAAUUUGUCGCUAAGCAAGGAGCAUACUAUAAUGGUAGUGGGUUUGUGUCAGCCAUCUUUGAUAUUAUUUUAAUGUCACCUUUGCAGCAUAUAUAAGAUUUUUAGUAUAUUUUUAAAUGUUUAUACAGUAGUGUACUGUAUAUUGUCAUAAACAAGAUAAAAGAAAUCAGCUCUAAUAUACAUUAUUUAGGUAUGCAUACUGGUCAGAGAGCCCAUCAUAAGUCCAAGUCGUCAGUAUACAAGUACGUCGCUAAGUGAAGAGAGGCUGUACAUUUAGUUACCUUAAUUAGGUGAAAUCUAUUGUCUUAUAAUCUUCAACUGAAAAAUUAUGGUUUGAUGGUUUCUAUACAAAAUGGUGCAUACAUAUAGUAUUUGUUCAUUCAUACAUUUGAAAAAACACCUUUAUAUUAUUUACAUGGCACAGUGCAUGCAAAAUUAACUUUAAUAAUUAAUUAUAAAAGAUGUCUAUUUGCAGCAUAAGAAAGCAUUCUGCUGUUACAUGUAAAACUUGAUACUACAUUUAAAUUUUACUUCUUAAUAUUAAGCAAUUAAUUUUUGUUUCCAUAGAUGGGAAAAGUCUUAGUACAACCUGUGUCUCAAUCUAAGUGGGUAGAGAAUUUAGCCUUCACCACUCCUUGCACUUAAUAUCGUGCAUAGGUUUAGUGUUUUGCAACCCACACAUGUCCUGCAUGCGGGUUAUCGUAUGUGCGGCUCAUCCUGCACUGUACUAUUAUCUGGAUUUCAAGCUAGCUGGUGUAUCCCCUAUAUCAGUGAAAUUUUUUUUAUUUUUUAUUAUUAACACGUCCGUUUCCCACCAAGGCAGGGUGGCCCGAAAAAGAAAAACUUUCAUCAUCACUCACUCCAUCACUGUCUUGCCAGAGGCAUGUUUACACUACAGUUAUAAAACUGUAACAUUAACACCCCUCCUUCAGAGUGACAGCACUGUACUUCCCAUCUCCAGGAAUCAAGUCUGGCCCGCCGGCUUCCCUGAAUCCCUUCACAAACGUUACCUUGCUUUCACUCCAACAGCACGUCAAGUCCCAAAAACCAUUUGUCUCCAUUUGCUCCUAUCUAACACGCUCACGUAUGCUUGCUGGAAGUCCAAGCCUCUUGCACACAAAACCUCCUUUAACCCCCACCAUCCAACCUUUCCUAGGCCGACCCCUACCCUGCCUUCCCUCCACUACAGAUUUAUACACUCUUGAAGUCAUUCUAUUUCGUUCCAUCCUCUCUACAUGUCCAAACCAUCUCAAUAACCCCUCCUUAGCCCUCUGGAUAAUAGUUUUGGUAAUCCCACACCUUCUAAUCUCCAAACUACGGAUUCUCUGCAUUAUAUUUACACCACACAUUGCCCUCAAACAUGACAUCUCCACUGCCUCCAGCCUUCUCCUUGUUGCAACAUUCACAACCCAUAGGUGUAUAGUGCAUACACAGUGGUCAUUUUUCCUUAAAAUAUGUCUCUAACAGUAUUAAUAUUCAGUCUCAUAAAAACUUAAUGAAACAGAUAUUUGGUCUGGGAAGAUCCUUUGUUCAUAUUUCAGUUUUCUCAAGGAAAGUACGUACCUUAGUGCCAGUAAAGGGCUCUUGAUUCCAGAAAGUGGACUAAUUCUCCUCUUCCUUUGUUCAAAACUGAUCAUCUUCCAUUACCCAUGCAUUGUAUAGCCCCUAUGGGUUUAGUGUUUCCCUGAUUAUAAUAAUAACAAUUAUUAUUUGUAAAUAUAUUCUGUGGAUGGUUUUGAUUUUUAGAUGCAGUCACCACAAUUUUAGUGGGUCACUUUCACAACCUUUUUGACUAUAUUUCCUUUAUUAUGAAUUUUAUGGUGUUAAUAUUGAAAUUCAGAAAAAGCAGUAAGAAGAGUUUAUUGUGGAUAGAUUAGAUUUUGCCACCAAAGUGGUUAGUUUAUUGUUCACCCCAUGUCCAUCCGGUGGACAGUAUCACAAGAGGAUAUGGAUACACAAAAGGCCUAGAAAUUAGGCCCAGAAGGGUGGGUUUACAGGAGUACAUCUGAAUUUAUAUCUACAGUUAACUUACCUGUUGCUAGCAAUUUGGGAGUAGUUGUUGCUUAAUAUGUCUGGUAGCUUAUUUUCAUUAAUAAGAUAUCUUGCCAUAUCACAUAGGUUACUAUACUGUCUAUCUGUAUAUUCUUCAGUAAGUAGAUAAUUAAACACAGUGUUCAAGAUUGUGACCAUAGGACUGACCACAUACUUUGCAUUUGGUUGAUCAUCAUCUGUGUCUCUGUCACACUGCCAGACAUACACUACCUAAGCCUGGCCACUACAACAUCUGUCAGUCUGUCUACAUUGCAAGUUGCUCCAUAAACAUACUUAUAUGCAUUCCAGGCUUCUAACUGCAUUCCUAUAAAAUUCAGUUUCAUUAUUUACUUCUCUCCUAAUAUUAUUCCUGGUGCUAGACACAGAUACACCAAAGUUAUACUCUACAUUUUCUUUCAGUGUUAUUGAAUACCAUGUAACCAUUUAUGACUAUUUACACUGGACAAAAAACAGAUUUGUCUGUCACUGCUAUAAAUGUAUAUGCAGUUUAUUAACUCAAGUAUGUUGAUUUCAAAAAUUGAAGUCAGAGUCACCCUGGCAGGUCAGGAUUUUUACUUAAAUAUUUUUUUGUAAUGUAUUGUUUUAUUAAAAAUCAAGAAUAUUGCACAAUUGAUGUAUGUACAUGCUAUUUAAUUGGAAUCAGCUUCUCAGGAAUACUCAAAUUGUAUGAAAAAUUUUUCCAAUUUUUAUGUAGCCAAAACAAUCCUUAUGUGUUGGAUCAAUUCUGAUUUCAGAUUUUAAGGCUACAUACAUGUACUUAAAUUAGUUUAAAAUGUACACUUUUAGCUCAUUAGCAGAUUUAUUGUCCAUUAUCAUCAUUUUGAACCACAGGCACUACAUGCCCACACACUUAUCUCAUCCUCUGCCAAACCGUUUACCACUUACGUAAAUCCGUGUGUUUUUAAAAAAUUAUUUUAUUAAAAAAAUUGUCCCAGCAAAGUCGCACCUCCAAAUAUUGAAAUCGAGGUCAUACUGGAUACAUACUGCUAGAUAUUUUACAUCAUGGUAUCGCUUCUACUUAAAGAUAACUGACUUUGAAACACUUUCUUCUAUUCCUGUCUUCAUAGCAGAUUACUGUAUUAUUUUUUGUCAGUAUUGCUGUGAUAGUGAAUGUCAUUUGUAUUGACAGCUCUAAUAACCUUUUUUUCCUUUAACUGUUCAUAAUAUAAAUAAGUACCUGUAAUUAAAUCUCAUUAUCUACUAUAGUAUGGUACUGAAUUAUUCAGGAAUACAAUACAUGUACGUAUAUUAUACAUAUAUUUAUUCUAAAGUACUGUACAGUGGACCCUCGACCAACGAUAUUAAUCCGUUCCUGAGAGCUCAUCGUUAAUCGAAAUUAUCGUUAGUUGAGUUAAUUUUCCCCAUAAGAAAUAAUGGAAAUCAAAUUAAUCCGUGCAAGACACCCAAAAGUAUUGAAAAAAAAAUUUUUUACCACAUGAAAUAUUUAUUUUAAUACACACAAACUGAAGAAGACAUGUACAAUUACAUGACACUUACCUUUAUUGAAGAUCUGGUGAUGAUUGAUGGGAUGGGAGGAGGGGAGAGUGUGGAUGGUGUUAGUGUUCAGAAGGGGAAUCCCGUUCCAUUAGGACUUGAAGUGUCGAGUCCUUUUCCGGGGUUACUUCCCUUCUUUUUUUAAUGCCACUAGGACCAGGUUGAGGGUCACUGGACCUCUGUCGCACAACAUAUCUGUCCGAGGCCUGUACCCGUUCCUUUAUGACAUUCCUAAAGUGUUUCACAACAUUGUCAGUGUCAUAAUUAAACAAUGUCAGUGUCAUAAUUAAACACUUGUUCAGGUUUCAAUUCUUCACUGUCUAUGUACUCCUUGAAUUCCUGUACAUAUUUUUCAGCUGAUUUUUGGUCCGAACUGGCAGCCUCACCAUGCCUUAUCACACUAUGUAUGCCACUACGAUUCUUAAAUCUCUCAAACCAACCUUUGCUGGCCUUAAAUUCACUCACAUCACCACUAGUUGCAGGCAUUUUUCUAAUUAAAUCGUCAUGCAACUUCCUAGCCUUUUCACAUAUGAUCGCUUGAGAGAUGCUAUCUCCUGCUAUCUGUUUUUCGUUUAUCCACACCAAUAACAGUCUCUCAACAUCUAUCACUUGCGAUCUCAGUUUCAAAAACGUAGGUGCAACUUUGGCAAGACAGCUUCCUUGAUUGCCAUUUUCUUGGCCACAAUAAUAGCAAUGGUUGAUUGGGGUUUUGUGUAUAACCUGGCCAGCUCAGAGACACGCACUCCACUUUCAUACUUAGCAAUAAUCUCUUUCUUCAUAUCCAUAGUAAUUCUCACCCUUUUUGCUGUAGGGUUGGCACUAGAAGCCCAUGGUGACUUAUUUUGCAGGUGCAAUCACUAAAAACGCUGUGAUAAUAUGAAAUGUUCCAAUUGUAUGUUUAGAUGGGACCACGGUGGCUGGCUGGCUUGUAAACACUGGCCACAAGUGGACGCGUCUCGAACGGAACGAAUCGUGUUGGUCGAGUUUUUUAGCGCUAGGCGAAGCAAAAUUUUUGCGUUAAAAUGUAUCGCUGGUCAGAUUUAAUGUUAGACGAUGCCAUCAUUGGUCGAGGGUCCACUGUAUACUGUAACUGUAUUUUGAGUUUGCAAUAAAUUAGAUGAGUUGGUACAACUGGUACUGUGCAAGUAACUUAAAAAUCCCUUGUAGAAUUUACAGGAAAUGUAUACUGGAGGAUAUACUUUAUGCUUGGUAGGUAUGCUCCUGUAGAUGGAAAAAAAUGACAUUUUGUUUGGUCUGUCAUUUUAUUUUUAUUUCUUUUCAUGCUUACAUUACAUGGACCAGGUACAGUACAUGAAGCUUUUGCAAAGAUGAUUCAAUAUAAUGAUUCCAAAUGAUAAAAGGAAUGGAUAUACUGUACUCCUGAUGUUAUCACCAAAUAAACCCUUUAGAGAUGAGGAGAGUAUAUCAUCUGUAAUGUGUGUAAGGAUCCAAAUACCAGUAUAGAUCCAUUGCUAUCUUUUUUAUGCUGUUUUCAAAACUCCUUCCACCACAUACAAGACAGAUCAAGAAAUACAUCAUUAUUCACCAGUAAAAGCUUGCAAAGGGAGAAGAAAGGCAAAACCUACAACUAGAAAUGGGAUUAGAUGGAUAUGCCGAGUCAUCUGCAAUAUGGUUAUCAUUCAAGACUAUUUUACAAAAAUGGAAGAAACACUGCAGUACUCUUCAUUCAUUAGCAACUCAAAUUAUGGGGAUGGAAAGGUGUGAUAAGGCUAGAAUCAACAUGCCUCAGGAUACAUUCCUAGCAGUCAGGAUCACCAUCGAAUCCAAGAUAAUGGAAGAACUUCAUAACCUCGCAGAAGAUAUACAGGAAAUGGAAACUGAGCAACAAUCCUUGUCUGCCCUUCUCAGCAGAGUAACAGCUCGUUGUCAGCACUUUCUGGAGCAGAAUAAUAAGCAGGUAGCAGAGUUCCAACAACUACAAACAAUUUACUCCAUGAAUAACCACAUAAUCAUUCUGAUUGCUAUGAUGAAAGUUCCACUCCAUAAGGCACAAAUAGACCAUUUUCAAUCCUUGCAAGACUUUAAGCAGAUAAAUGUUUUAACCAAACCUAUUGAAAAUGAAGUGGAAAAAAUCUUUAAUUUAACUGAAAAUCAAUAGCUAAAGUAUGUGUAAUAUGUAAUUUUGUACUGUACUGUUGCACAUUAUAUUCAAGAAAACAAACUGUUUCACCAUCAUAUGGUUUUGGUACUUGUUUUUAAUAAUAAUAAUAAUAAUUCACCAUAA